UUUACCUUGACAACCAUCUCCGGUUAAGGCUGAAUUUAAAAGCACUGAAGCUGUUACGUUUCCUAUACAUUAACUGAAGUAACAAAAUAUAUCUUACACAUUUCUUUGUAUAUUUUUGUUACGUUUAUUAAAGAUAGUAUGGAUUCUAAUACUUUAUAUUACUCUCUAGACCUCGUGUCUGGCAGCGGCUUAGUACUGAGUGUUGAGCAGAAGGCAGCUUUGCAGACUUCUUUGGUAAUACUGAAAGGAAAUUAUAGAUUUGAACGUGUUCUGUUCUGGGGCAAAAUUCUGGGGAUUAAAAAUGAUUAUUUUAUAGCUCAAGGAGUUACACAAGACAGAAUGCGCGGAAAGAAGACGUUGUACAGUUUGAAUUGCAUGGACUGGCACCUGCUCCCUCCCGCCACUGACACAAUGAUUACAGAGAUAUCUGUCGUGAAGGGCCGAUUUAUGGGAGACCCUUCCUAUGAGUAUGAGCACAUUGAGACAAAGAAGCUGGGGGAAGGUGAUGAGGCUGUGGAAGAGGAAAUUACAGUAAAAGUCAAAGAGGAAAAGCGGCUUGCAGCCACAAUAUCCAUCAUAGAUAAGGAAGUGUCAGUAGUACCAAGGGGAGCAUUUAUCAAGACUCCACAUGGCCAUGUCACAAGCAACAGGAGUUUUGAAGGGCUGUCUGUAACAGAAGCUGGAAAGAUAAGCAACUAUUUUCACUUUUCUGAACCGGUUAACCUUAAGAAGAAAUCUCUUCUGGAGAAAGCUGAUCUAGACCCAUCAAUUGAUUUUCUGGAUUCAAUUGAAGAAGAUAUACCAAAAGGAUCAUGGAGCCUGCAGUUUGAAAAAGUGUUUCAAUAUAAACAGAUGAUCUUUGCAUCUGUAUGAAGAAUAACAGUAGAUGUCACAAUGGCUGAAAAUCAAUAAAGCUAAGUACUUUGCCUAUUUCAUGCCUUCUUUGCAAGUUAUACAUUUAAUUUUGACAGUUUAAAUGAUGACAAGUCUUCCAAUUAAUUUCUCUUGUGGCUGAAAUAAUUACUAUUUUUCUAGUUCAUGUCUUCUUAGAUUUGCUUUGGCUUCUAAAUUCUAAACCUAAACCUUGUGCAUGCAAUCUCACAAAUAUUUUGGGGUUGGGCUACCAUUUUCCACCAGCUCUUAAAUCAGAAAGUCAACUUAAAAAAUCAGUUUUAACUUCAUUCGGUAUUAUAUCCACACAAAAGAUGUUAAAAAAGUUAUGCAGAUAUGUGCUGAUCUCCUCUGUCUUUGUAGAUUUUCUACUUUUACAAACUGCUCCCUUAAACUAAUAUGCAUCUCAGAGUCAAAACCUAUGGGGCAGAGACUGGUGCUCAGCCAAAAAGUGGGGAUUUGAUUUGACAAUGACAGCUGGUUAAAUUAAAGGUGCUAUUACUGUAGUAUUUUAAACAGAUGGGUGUCUUAACGGGUGAUAAAGAGAGGAAAAAAGGAGAGCUAUCACAUUUAGCACUUUAAAUGUGAAUUUAAAUUUAUGGUGUUGACUGAGAAUCUCCCUCAGUCAUUUUCUAUUAGGGAAAAAUGUAAUUUUAUUUAAAAUUUGAAACAACACAGAAAAAGGAACUCUCCAGAUUGUCUCAAGCUCUCAUUGUUAAUUCUUUCCGAUAGAAGUAAUCCAAACUUGCCUGGUAAAUAUAAGAACUCAUGCAUGGUACAUGGAUGAUUUAUGGGUGCUAUACCUAGUAGUUGAACACAAGCCAGAAAUAUCCUAACAAAGGAAAAACAAGCAAUAUUUAACACUCACUUCAAAUAAUAUAGUGUUUUAUACAACUUUCAACCCUCAUCUCAAAG